UUGUGAAUAUCAUUGUUAACCUGUCAAAAAACCCCAAAAGCCGUUGAGAGAUUCCCCAGGAAAUUUCUGUCCUCGAAAAUCUUCAUCUCUAUUUCCUCUCUGUUAAACCAAUGGAAAAAUAAAAAGGAAACCCCAAAAAUUCCAUUUCCAGCCAAAUAACUGUUCUUGUCAUUUCUGUGCUCUUUCUUUGGAUCAAUUCACUUUUCUAACCAGUAAAUUUGCACACACAACAACCAUUCCGAAGAAAAUAAAAUUAAGAAAGAGAAGAAAAGAGAGAUGGAAUUCUUUAACAGUGAUAUCGAUGGAUUUCCACCAGGGAGCUACUUAGGGUUUCAAGAGAUGAUGAAAAGCAGUAUUAAUGGCGAGACAGCACAAGUGAUGAGGGCUGUUUUGAAGCCUCCAGGACUACUGCAGCACCAGAGGCCAUCGAGUGAAGAAAAGGCCAUGAUUGCUCUCAGGAAUCACAGUCAAGCUGAAAGAAGAAGAAGGGAAAGAAUUAAUGGCCAUCUGGCCACACUCAGGACACUCAUUCCUGGAACUAACAAGAUGGACAAAGCAGCAUUGUUGGCUGAAGUUAUAAGUCAAGUGAAAGAACUAAAGCGCAACGUGGCGAGCGCUACUGACGGCGCGCUCGUCCCAACAGAAGUCGAUGAGGUGAAAGUCGAGCAAGAAGAAAGUGUCGAUGAAGGAAUGUCUUCGUUUUGCAUCCGAGCAUCACUUUGUUGUGAUUUCAAACACCAACUUCUAUCAGACUUAAAAGAAGCCAUCGAGUCUCUCCCUUUGAAGAUGGUAAGAUCCGAGAUUGCAACACUAGGAAGUCGAAUGGUGAAUGUUUUUGUGAUUGCUAGAUCAAAUGAGGAUUCGAAUAUUGAAGAUCUAGGUGAAGGGGGGCAAGUUCUUGUUGAUUGUGUGCAUCAAUCUUUACGAUCCGUUCUUGAUAAGUUUUAUGCAUCCGAAGAGUUCACUUCGACGAAUGCACUGUCCGGAAAAAGGAGAAGAGGUUCAUUCUUCGGCCCUUCCGGUUCAUCGUCUUCCACGGGAGAUGUUUGGUGAAUUUUUAGGUUUUUUUUGUUUGUAGAACAAUGUGGGAGAACAAUGGUAUAUGCCUUGGCAUUCAUAUAUUAUAUCUUGUGCAAAUGUGCUUAGUCAUAUGCUAUAUAUCCCUAUGAUGUGUUGCACUAUUUUUUAUGCCAAUAUUAGAACAAUUAAUGAACUAAUUGUUACUAUCUAGUGGUGUUUGUUGUGAUAUAAUGUCGUUGUGGCAUCCUUGAAGAUGCUUCGAGGU